AUGCUCAUGGAGGACCGUGAGCGAGAGAAGGAGAAAAUACGAGGAGACAGUGUGGAUGCGCAAAAGCUGAGCGAAGCCGAUUUACUGGUCGCCUGCCCAACAGUUUGCUGUUUCAGUUUCAAGGAGAAAAUGUUCUUGGAGUGCGCAGUUAGUGCUCUUAAGGACGUGGACUGGUCACCUGAAUCGUUCGACUGCCUGAAGAUCCCCUCAGAGACUAAGACCCUCCUAUUGUCAUUGGCGAAAACUCGACUGGGUCUCAUACCGACGGUACCGUUCGACGACGUAAUUGAUGGAAAGGGCCAAGGAUUCAACAUUCUUCUGAAUGGCCCACCGGGAGUCGGAAAGACUUUCACGGUUGAGGCAACCUCAGAGUAUUUCAAGCUCCCCCUCUAUUCUAUAUCUGCAGGCGAACUUGUUGUCAACCACGGGGAUUCCAAUGCGCUUGAGCAACAACUUGAAACAGUAUUCAAGAUCGCCAAACACUUUAAUGCCGUGCUUCUCUUGGAUGAGGCAGACGCGUUCAUGGAGCAGCGUACAUCAUACCACGAUACCCACAAUCGCCUUGUGACCAUUUUUCUCCGAAAGCUGGAAUAUUAUCAAGGAAUUCUUUUCUUGACUUCAAAUCGGGGUAUCCAGUUUGAUGACGCGAUUCUCAGCCGGAUCCAUUUGAUCAUUGAGUAUGAGAAUUUAACGAGAGAGUUUCGCAGAGAUCUCUGGUCAACUUUUCUGUCCAAGGCAUGUACGAUGCAAGGACCUGCCAUUGUUGAGGAGCACGAACUCCGACGAUUGGAGACUUUAGCUCUGAAUGGACGAGAGAUCAAAAACGUCGCAGCUAUUGCACACGCUCUCGCUGCGGCUGACCUCAACCAGGUGAACUACAAAUACUUGAAGUUAGCCGCCGAAUCAAAUAAAAAAUUCUCAAAGGAGUUUGGCAGAGAGAGGCCUGCUGAUGGAAUGUAUGUCUAA